AGUUAGUUAAAGUAAAUGAAAUUCUCAAUAAAGGAAAACCUUGGAAUCAGUUUGUUAAAAUGCGAAUUUAGACGAAUAAAAAUUUUCAUUGUAAAAGGUUUGAUUUGAACAAUAGUGUAAAAAAAUACUUGAACGGCUAGAUGAGAAAAAUGUGUUGUUUUUUUGUGUAGUCGCAUCAGCUGGAAUACCUAAAACCUUUGGAUAAACACUCUUUGAUUAUUUAUCCACACAAGCAACUUUUCCACAUGACAGACUUUCUCGCAUUCGACGUACGAACGGAGGGCGACUUUCGUGGUUUCAUGGGCCGCUUUUACACGUUGUUUUCAUAUACAACUGCGUUGCUAAUAGCCAGGAGACCCGGUGCUAUUCUUCAUCCUUAUCAUUCUGUUUUUUUAAUAAAAAUACAUUUGUUUAUAAAUAUUAGAAUAAAAAUGAAAUGUUAAGAAACAGGCAAAUUCGAUUACAAUCGUCCUGCAAAGUAGUUCUCUAGAAGUAAAUAGUUCAAAAUUUGAAUAUUAAGCUAAGCAACUGAGAGUGAAACAAAAAUUUUGGUUAGCAAAGGCUGAAAUGAAAAGCGGAGUUGCAGCUUUGUACCUAAUUUCUUUGGGAUUAAACCUACUUUAGUGAAGUUAAAUGAUAAACGAUGCUUACGUGACGUAUACUCUCAAUAUCAAAGAGGCACGAACACCUGAAAACGAAGUUGUUGUUUUUAAGCUUUUUAAACUAGCAGUUUUGUUCACGUUCUUGAAGUCGAAUGUACACAAUCUAUGUUUGUUUCUUCAGAAAUGUAAACUAUACUAUUGUUGUUCCCUCACUACGCAUUUGAGUUUUCAAACAACGCUUUCGUCUCGUUUAUUCAGUUAGCUCUUUUACCUGUUUCAUGAUAUCAGUCUGGAUAAUUAAGCAAAGCACUGCGUGAAGAUCAUGCGAAAAUGUGUUUUUCUCAGCAUCGUUAUAGAAAUAUGCCGAAUUCAGGUAUGAAAUCAGCAUCGAAAAUCGUGUGCAACCACCCGUUUUACAACAAUACGAAAAAAAUAGAAGGACUCGAAAAAUAAAAAAAGAACAGACUCAAAAAUAGAGGAAUUAUGGGGUUCUUAGGGUAUAUAUCUGUCGCAGCUUUGCUCAUAGCGGUUUAUUACAGCAAUAUCGCAGAAUCAUCAAAAGCGGAGAUCACAGCAGGAAAUGCGAUCAACAAACUACUACAGGAAAAAAUUAGUAUGAAGUUUAAAGAAGCAGCCAAUGAAGUGAAAGGUGUUCUGGUUAAACAUUUAGGUGAUAGCCUAAAAAGUGCACAUAACAGAAUGAACCCAAGAAAAAAAGCAAAGAAAAUUGUGAAGGCAUUAAAGGGUGCUGCCAUCCACCAAAACAAGGGACCACGACACAGGAAAAAUAGCGGACCUAUGCCCGGCAAACCAAACGGUCAAUCAGCUGGUCCAUAUGGUAUGGGAAUGCCGGGACAACCCGGUCAACAGCAACAGCAAUCCGGGGCACCUGGUCAGCAAAGUGCUCCAGGAUCACCAUUUGCCCAACGACCAGGCGCACCCCAACAGCCAGGCCAGUGUGGCCCACAAUGUCCUUCAACGUGUGCACCCACUUGUGACACGACAUGCUGUCAAUCCGCGUGUCCACCCGCUUGUUCUGUGUCCUGCUUUUCAUACUGUCCACCUACUUGCUGCCCACAUAAAAAGAACUCCAUUCCAGUAGAGAAGAAAAACGAGAAAGAAGUUCAAGAGUAAACAUGACUGCGAAUGAUAUUCUCGCACCUAUAUGCUUCGUUGAAGCUGUUAGACAGAUGUAUUUUUAUGUAAAUUAACAACAUCAGCAAUGCGAUUCCAGUGAUCGAGAAAUAGUUGAGAAAAAUCAUAUGUAAAUCAAUCCAAUGUACAAACGCUUAUCACAGUUUUUUUGAUUCGGAUUUUUUUUAUUUUGAAAUAAAAAUUUAACGUAAUGUGAGACAA